AUGCAUGUUUUACUACGGCAGCAGGCCGAGCUCGUGCGCAGCAAGGGUUACCCGGCCGAGGAGCACGUGACGGUCACCGAGGAUGGCUACGUGCUCAGCCUGCAGCGCGUGCCGAGAGGUGCAAGACAACUGCCCGGCCCGUUCACGGGGCCACCGGUCCUCCUCGUGCACGGGUUGCUGUCUUCCGCAGCCGUGUGGGUCCUCAACUAUCCGCACCAGAGCCUCGGAUUCCUGCUUGCGGACGCCGGUUACGACGUGUGGCUGGGAAACUACCGCGGUACGCCUUACUCGAGGGGCCAUCUCGAGUUCAGUGACAGUAACAGUCGCUACUGGGACUUUAGCCUGGAUGAAGUGGGGCUGCUGGACCUACCCGCCCUGGUGGACUACGUGUUGGACCACACGGGCUGGCCGCAGCUAUUCUUGGUGGGAUUCUCCCAGGGAAGCGCGGCCGCGUGGGCGAUGCUGGCCGACAAGCCACACUACAACAACAAAAUACUUUUGCUUGUUGCUCUUGCACCUGUUGCGAACAUGACGUUCAUCCGAAGCCCAGCGCGCUUUCUCGUCCCCAUCUCACCAAUUCUUACGGCGUCGGCCAUCGUUGCUAACCAAGGCCGGCUGCUCGUGCGACCGCAGUGGCUGCGCCGAGCCACUUACGCCAUGUGCGAGUCGCCGCUGCGCUACGUCUGUGCGCUUCCAACUUUCUUCUUCUUCGGCGUCAACCUCAACCAGCUCAACCAGAUGCGUCUGCUUAUGGCCUGGGUGCAGUACUGCAACAAGCUGACAACCCAUGCAUACGAACUGUUGCAUUUGCAUCCCGAACACUGGACAGAGACGGAGCGAAAGUACUUGGGAGGAGAGCGUGAGACUCAGUCACGGUUGGCAGUCUACACCAGUCAUCUACCCUCGGGAGCUUCCAAACGCAACGUGGAGCAGUUCGCACAGGUGGACAGCCCGGCCUAUGACUUCUCGAAGAUCAGAGCGCCAGUGGCGCUCUUCAGCGCUCACAAGGACUUCUUCGCCAACCCUGAUGAUGUUUCCACACUUCGACAAAGCCUGCCGAAUGUCGUGCUCGACUACAUUGUUCCAGAUUUGGAGUUCUCGCACAUGGACUUUAUUUUAGGUACCGAGGCCGCGGCGUUCGUCUACAGGCCACUGAUAUAUUUCAUGGAUUACUGGGUGCUGUUAUACGGGCCGUAA